AUGUUCAAACGCUCCUUUACAUCGAAGGGCUUCAUCUCGAAAGGUCGCGCGGGCAAGUCCGCUAAACCGAGUAAGAAGAAGUACGACGAGCAAGCUAAGGAGAAGAUGCAGCAGAAAGUAGAGAAAGUGGAUAACCCACCAUCGGCGGGAAGUGCACUGACUAGUCCCAUCAUCACGAUGGUUGUGGGUCAUGAUCAGCGUCUGUUCGCAGCACACGAAGACGUCUUGUCUGUUUCUCCUUACUUUCGUACCGCUCUGAAGGAGAAGUUUCUGGAUGACCGUGCAAAGCAACUGGCUCUUCCAGACGAGGAGCCCGAAAUCCUGUCUUGUGUUCUCGAGUUCCUUUACAAGGGCGACUACUAUCCACGUCUCUUCCCUGGCAAGCGUCGCGACUCUUGGCACCUCGAGGACGCACAAGACACUCAACAAACCGGCGGCUGUGGAUCGAGCGAGGCGACAAUCUUCCAUCAUGGCGUGGGAGAUGUUGUGCUCCGGGACACAAUCGUGUACUGCACUGCUGAGAAAUUUGGCUUGGAAGAAUUGAAGCAUAUUGCUCUUCGGAAGCAAGGGCUUCAGAUCGGUAUUCCGGCUGACGUGAUCUUGCGAUCCGCUCGCUAUGCGUACGACAACACCCCGGACACCGAAUCGCGCCUACGCGCUCAUUACUUGGCUCUCAUUAUCAGAAGUCGUAAGACUUUCAAGAGAAGCGGGACGAUGCAGAUGGAAAUGGAGAAGGGUGGCAAGUUAUAUUUUGAUCUGUUUGUGGCAAUGUGCAACCAUAUGGACGAUCUUGUGGAGAUCCGGUAA